AUGUCUCCCUACCAAAACCUACAUGGAGUAAAUAAAACCAUGACCACAGAAUUCAUUCUUCUGGGGUUUAGUGGUGGCCAAGGAGUACAGAUUCUGUUACUGCUGCUAUUUUUGGUGAUUUACAUGUUGACCAUCAGCGGGAACCUCCUGAUAAUUUUUCUAAUUGUGUCUGAUCAGCACCUUCACACCCCCAUGUAUUACUUCUUGGGAAACCUGUCUUGCUUGGAAACUUUUUAUAGCUCAGUCAUCCUGCCCAGAAUGCUAUAUAGCCUUUUAACAGGAGACAGGUCUAUUUCCUUGAUAGGUUGCAUCACACAGUUUUAUAUUUUUGGCAUCCUUGUCACUACAGAAUGCUUUCUCUUAGCCGCCAUGUCCUUUGAUCGCUAUCUCGCCAUAUGCAAACCAUUGCACUAUACUAACUACAUGAAUGAUAAGUUGUGUAUCCAACUGGCCAUUGGCUCCUGGUUAGGUGGGGGUCUAGCAAUCACCAUAACAAUAUCUUUCAUGUCACAGUUAGUCUUCUGUGGCACAAAUGAGAUAGACCACUUCUUUUGUGAUUUUGGCCCAGUGAUCAAUCUGUCAUGCAGCAACACCAGAAUAAUCGGCACCUUGGUUUUCAUAAUGUCUUUUUUGUGUGCAUUUCCACCUUUCCUAUUGACUUGGGUGUCUUAUGUUUGUAUCAUUACCUCAGUUUUGAGAGUCCCAUCAACCUCUGGAAGGCAGAAAGCUUUCUCUACUUGUUCUUCUCACCUGGUUGUGGUGACAGUUUUUUAUGGAACUCUGAUUAUUGUCUAUGUUGUACCAAAAACAAGCACCCUGAGAGAACUAAACAAAGUUUUUUCUCUUUUGUACACUAUGUUGACUCCUCUUGUCAACCCUUUUGUGUAUAGUCUAAGAAACAAAGAUGUUCAGGAAGCACUGAAAAAAAUUCCUACAAAACUUGCAUUUCUUACUGGAAUCAGGAAUCCACAACUGUUGAUUUGA